UCAGAGGAAAGUCUCGAGUCGGAAAUCACAAAUGUGCGACCGUUGAAAUGCCCGCAUGGUCCAGUAUUGACCAAUGUCACUCUGACGCACGAGCUUCGCGCGGGAAAAUUUUCGCGCCUGGGAAUGGCAGAAGAUAUGGAGACUUGCAUUCAGAUGUGCUGUGACAAAGAUGAUUGUGAGAUGGCGUUCAUGCCUGGGAAACAUUGCUAUGGUGUGGACUGCUUCAGUCAGGAGCACUGCGAGAUUACGACAGUUAAACCCAGUAAUUUAACCGUGCAGAUUACCAAGGUGCGACCAAUAGUUGUAAAUCCAGCCAAGGAUCAAAUAGCAGGUAAUCUAUAGAACCAAGAAAGAAAAAGGGUGAAAAAUACAUUGUUUGUAAUGUAGUCUAUCGUCCCACGUAGGGGAAGCCAAAACAGACUUGGAGUCUGGAUUCCACGCCGUGAAUUCCGGAUUUCAGGUACUGGAUUCCAGUCUCUAUUAGUAGAACUUGGAUUCUGAAUUCCAAUUGUUAGUGAGAUUCCGGAUUCCUUGAGCCUCAAAGCCCAAGAUUCAGGUUUCCAAAGCAAAAAUUUGCUGUAUUCCGGAUUCCACCAGCAAAAAUUUCCCGGAUUUGGGAUUCUUUGUCAAUGGAAGGUGGAUUCCGGAUUCCAGUUGUUAGUGGGAUUUUGGAUUCUUUGAGCUGUAUUCCGGUAUCGAAAGCCCAGGAUUCCGGAUCCCAAAGCAAAAAUUUCCUGGAUUCCAGAAUCCCGAUUCCCUUACAUGGGGCGAAAACAAGAAAAGAAAAGAGUUAAAAAAAAAUACAUUGUUUAAGCUCCUGUUUACAAGGCAUGUUGCCACAUGGUCAGAUGACGAUUAAAUAUUCUUGGAAUGAAUCAUACCAUAUUGCUUUACCCAUAGUGCUUGGCUCGGAGCUCCUCUUAAACAUUCUUGUCAUGUCAUUUGUUAUUAGUGUCCGUUGAGGACCCUUUAACUCAAGAGGAACUUCACUGUACCCAGAGCCCAAUACUAAAGAACGUAACACUGAGGGGAGGAAUAAAAGCGGGGAACUUCAGUGACCUAGGCGACGAGAAAAACAUGCACAUGUGCAUUGCUCUCUGCUGCGAGCGCAAGACGUGCGACCUGGCCUUCAUGAUAGGAGGUACAUGCAUCGCAGUGGACUGUUUUAGCGAGGAGCUCUGUCAGGCGGUC